AUUAACAUUUCAUUUUAUUUGAAGUUAGACCUCAACAAUAGCACUUCAAAAUGCAAUUGAUCUUGUUAAUAUUGAGUUUUUGCUGUUUAGCUGCAGCUUUACAGGAAGCGGAAAUAAAACAGCAGUGGUUGAGUUUUAGAAGUAAAUAUGGCCGAAAUUAUCGCAAUGUGGUGGAGGACAGUCAACGUUUUGUGAACUUUAAGAGAAAUUUACAAAGAAUGUGGCUGCAUAACAAGCGUUUUGAGCAGGGUUUGGAAUCCUAUGAAAUGGCAGUGAGCCCUUUUAGCGAUAUGGAUUUUAAUGAAAUUGAAAAAUCGUAUAUGGGUUUAAAAAUGACCGAAAAGGAUGAAGAAUUAUUCCGAAAUUCUACUUUAUAUGAACCUUCUAAGAAACAGCGCUCGGCUUUACCCCAUUAUGUUGAUUGGCGUGAAAGUGGUGCCAUUACUGCAGUAAAAGAUCAAAAGUCUUGUGGCUCCUGUUGGGCUUUUGCCAGUGUUGGGGCUUUGGAGGCGCAUUACUUUUUGAAAUACAAAAAAACUAUUCUAUUAAGUGAACAAAAUCUAGUGGACUGCGUUGCAGAGAACUGGGGUUGCGAUGGUGGUUGGAUGGUGCCCAGUUUUAAUUAUGUUCGCGAAAACUUUGGCAUUAAUACCGAAUCUGUUUACCCCUAUGAGGCCGUUGAUGGCCAAUGCCGCCAUCAACCCUAUAACGGUGUUACUAAUAAUGGUUAUAUGGUGACAAGUCCCGACAAUGAAGAUCAUUUACAAUUUGCUGUGGCCUAUGAGGGACCCGUCACGGUUUCCGUACAUGCCAAUGAUAAUUUCAUAAAUUAUAAAAGCGGCAUUUUCGAUGAUCCCGAUUGUAGCCAAAUCGCUAAUCAUGCUGUUUUGGUAGUGGGUUAUGGCACCGAGAACGGCCAGGACUAUUGGUUGAUCAAAAAUUCCUGGGGUACUCAUUGGGGUGACAAUGGUUAUGUUAAGAUGGCACGUAAUAAGGGCAGUCAAUGUGCGAUUGCUAAGCAUGUUUCAUAUCCAGUUUUUUAGACUAUAGAAUUUAAAAUCUCUUACAUAUUUCAAUAAAUAAAGACUAUAAAAUGAA